UCCUGCUGUCAUAUUUUUUUUGUAAUGAAUUAUUUUAUCAGACUACUAUCAGUUGUUAAUGUACCAACACACAGAAAAGCUGACUUCUUUGCCAGUGAGAAAUAAAAACUGGGCCUUUGCAACAAGUCGAAACGGCUUUUCAGCUAUUCCUGAAAUCAAGAAACAUCUGGUGGUUAGUACAACAAAAAUGAGUGCCAAUAUCCCAGUUUCCGAGGUCCAGUUACAAAGGCUUGCAACUGAAUUUCCCCAUGACAAGUAUGGCCCACUGUGCUUGAAGCUUGGGGGCACUUCAAACCAGGCCCAGAACAGAUUGGUCAAACUCAAUAACGAUUACCCCAAGGCAGUCAUGGAGGUCCUCAUUGCGUGGAAGAAUCGUACAGGAGGUUAUAUGACUGUAUUAACCAAUGCUCUUAAUGAGAUUGAAGCUGCCGGACUUAUCCCGCUUCUACAUGUAAAAUAGGACAGCUUUCAUUUUACACAAAGUGUCUACAUCCAAACGAUUCCCAGCAUUCGAAAUUAAAUCAUUGGGAAUAGAAAAUCAUGUCUACUUUGUUUUCACAUCCUUUCAGUUUAUACCAAGCCAUUGUCGCAUUUGUAAUCAGCUAUUGUGAAAAUGUCUCCUACACUAACCGAAGUAUUAACUUCAACCCUGUGCUACUAUAUCUCACACUCACCUAACCCUGAACCUCAAAAUAAACCUAAAAUUAAACCUAAACCUAAGACCGAAUUGCAACCCUAAGCAAGACCCCUUGCAUUUUUGAGAAAUGAAUUCAAGAGUGAUUGAGGCACACACACAAAUAUACACACGAGAUACCACACUCAACAACACACAAACAAAAUUUGUGCGGCACCUCCUGUAGCGGCAA